UUUUGAGGAUCCCCAUCUUCCAACUUCCUCAACUUCACCUGCAAAAUAUUUGUUCUGCCUUUCUUUCUUCUUGCAGCGAAGAGAAUCCAUCACACACACACACACACACACCCCAAAUGUUUGUAAGACUGAUGAUGGAGUUUCUUAGGUAGCAUGUUCAGGUGAGUCUCAUCUCUCUCUCUCUCUCUCUCUCUCUCUCUCUUUCUCUUAUCUGUUCUCUUUAAGCUGGUUGCAUGAAAGCAUGGAGGGAGACAGCCUUCUUUCUCCAGUCUCACUCCCACUACCAUCCUUCCCACCACCACCACCACCUCCUCCUGCAAUUAGUUUUGAGAACAGGAUUACUCCUACCAUCCUUCUCAUCAUUGUCAUCCUAGCAGCCAUCUUCUUCAUCUCUGGACUCCUCCACCUCCUUGUGCGAUACCUCCUGAGACCCAAUCACAGAGAGCCAGAUGCCAUGAGCAAUGUCACAGCUCUUCAAGGCGAGCUACAGCAGCUCUUCCACCUCCAUGAUUCAGGAGUGGACCAAUCCUUCAUCGACUCCCUUCCUGUCUUCCAAUACAAAUCCAUCAUAGGCCUGAAAGACCCAUUCGACUGUGCUGUGUGCCUCUGCGAAUUCCAAUCCGAUGACAAGCUCAGGCUGCUUCCAGGUUGCAGCCAUGCCUUCCACUUGCAGUGCAUCGAUACCUGGCUCCUCUCCCACUCCACUUGUCCUCUCUGUAGAAGAAGCCUCCCCACCGAACUGUCUCCUGCCAGUAGCUGCAGUCCUGUGGUACUUGUUCUCGAGUCUGGUGGUGAGAGCUCGAGGGGGAACACCUCUAAUCUCCCCGGACAGGAUGACUGUGUGCCUUCGACCAAUGACAAGCAGGAGGCAGAGGCAAAAGUAGUGCCUGUUAAGAUCGGAAAGCUGAGGAGUGUGGAUGAUGGCGGAGGCGAAGGCCGAGAGACUGGUAGUGGCAGUAGUAGUUUGGAUCAAAGGAGAUGCUUCUCCAUGGGUGCCUAUGAGUACGUGAUGGAUGAGAGCUCCUCGCUUCGAGUCACCAUAAAACCGAGCAAGAAGAAGACGGCUCUCAAGCAGCGCGGCCACCGGGCUGCGGUGUCAGAAUGUGACUGCCGCUCAAUAAGAGAGGGAUUCACAGGAUUUGAUGCAUCAACAAGCGUGGUAUCGAGAGGUGGUGGUGAUGCAAGCACGAGUGCCGGUUUGCACAGGAAGGAGAGCUACUCUGUUUCGAAGACAUGGCUGCGCUCAAGGAAAGAUGAACUGGUUGCAGAGGAUGAUGCUUCCAGGCGGGCUUCGUCAUUCCGGUUACCACUGCACAGGGGAAGGGAUGACGUCAAGCAGAGGAGUAGCAGCAGCCCUGUUACAGUGACAGACGACAGGGACUCUUGGUGUUUGGAUGUGGAGGCUAGGAGCUGCCACAGCCAUGUAGCAGCAGCAUCAAUGGUGGAUGAAACACCUGCAUUUGCAAGCAGAGGUUUGCUUUGGAUGGUAAGGAGAUAGAACAAGUCAGGAAUCAUCUCUGGUUAUCAGUUCCAAGCUGCUCAUCUGUUCUUUGGAUUGCUACAUAUUGCAAUGAAGCUGUAGAUUUUGGUGAUGGAGAACAACAGAAGCUAAAGAUGAUCAUCUUGUUACAGUCUUUCUAUGUGUUUUGCUGAAUUUUUUUGGAAGAUUCAAGGAGUUUUCUUCUCUCUCCCUCUCUCUUCUUUCUAUGAGAAACAUGAAUCUUUUCUUUGGAAGAUUCAAGGAGAUUUCUCCCUCACGUUCAUGUUCAUAAGUUGUUUGUAGCCUCACUGUCUUCUUUCUUCUCUUCAAGUUUUGGCCUUCUAAGUAUGGAACAGAAAACUGGGUUAAGAUUUAGCACUC